AUGUUUGCCAUCGAGAAAAAUAAUUGGUCUUUCAUUUUUCAGCAUCAAGAUUCAUUAGCACAGCAAGCUGAGCAGAUCAAUAACGAGAAGAUAGAAAUAGCAACGAUGAAAGAUGUCGAGGAUAAGAAAGAACAAACAGCAGCAAGGCUUCAUGACAAAGAGUGGAAUGAUCGACCAAAAGCAACGAAAGAAGAUAAUGAGAUCAUAAUUGAAUCACUGGCUACAUUCGAUGCAUUAGAGUUGAGCUUACACCGAGACGAAAUGAAUGAUCAGGAGCAAGAAACAAUGGAAAUGUCAACUGUCCAUGGCACAAACAUCAAUUUCAAAACCAACAAUCAACGGAUGGUAGAUACUGGCAUCACGGAAGAAAAUCAUCAAUGUACGAACAGGACAAAUGAUAUCGAAGCGGAUCUUGAACCUAUUGUGGGAUACGCUGCAGAACCUUUAUUGCCACUUGCUGAAGCAUGUGCUCCGCUUAUCGACAUCAUCCAUGAUGUAAUGGUCUAUGUGCAAAUGGCACUAGAUGAGACUCCAGAAGAACCACCCGAUGGACUGACAAUCGAUGAGAGUGCUGCAAUACGUCUUUACACUAUCGAAUGGAGUGGAGGACGUCGAAGUCUCUAUUCCAUACCCAAUCACACACUCAAGACAGACAAUCGUGAACAUCUUCAACCUUAUUUCAAAUCUCAAUCUGUGAAGGAUACAAGCAAAACAACUUGUCAAUAG